AUGGAGCCAGAAGUCGAGGACUGCAUCAAGACAUACAAACAAAAGCUCGAGUCACUAGCUCACUCGGGCAUGAAUAUGAACCUACAGUUUUGGAUGCAAUGUUACGCAUUCGAUGUCAUUAGCCAGAUUACGCUCGAUAAAAGGUUCGGCUUCCUCGACUCUGGAGCCGAUAAGGGCGGCAUGUUUGCUAGCCUUCAUGAGUAUCUCAAAUACUGCGCAGUUGUAGGCGUCGAGCACGAGUGGCAUGAAACUUUGUUUUGGAUUAUGUCUAAAUUGCCUACAAGAGGUCUAGCUUACGUCGCACAGUUCACUGGUGAACAAAUCAAUCAACGCAAGCAGGCACUGAAAGUGGGUGACCCUGCAGAGAAGUCGCAGAAAAAAGACUUUUUAUCAAAGCUUUUUCACCUACAUAACGAGAAUCCUGAGAGAUUCCCGGAUGCUGCUAUCUUUACCACAUGCAUCACAAACAUCGGAGCCGGUUCUGACACGACAUCCAUUUCGCUUUGUGCCAUCAUGCAGAACCUGGCAGAACGUCCGGCUGUGUAUCAAAAGCUGCGGCAUGAGAUCGACGCCAAAUAUAAAGACCUUGGCGAGCCGGAUUUCAUCCCAUUCAAUGAGACACAGUCAAUGAAGUAUCUACAAGCGUGUAUCAAAGAGGCACUGAGACUACACCCAGCAACCGGCUUGCCGUUGGAGCGUGUCGUCCCCCGGGGCGGUGUCGUUUUGAGUGGAACAUACUUUCCAGCUGGCACCAUUGUGGGCGUUAACACCUGGGUUAUGCACCGCAACCAAGAUGUCUUUGGCGUCGACGCAGAUACAUUUAUGCCUGAGCGGUGGCUGAAUCAAAGUAAAGAAAAGCUUUCCUUGAUGGAGGCCAGCUGGAUGCCUUUUGGCGCUGGUUCUCGCACGUGCAUUGGAAAGAAUAUCAGCCUACUGGAGAUAAACAAGCUUAUCCCGGUCCUGGUAAGGACUUUUGACUUUUCUAUAGUUAAUGCAUGCAAGCAAAGACAUGAAAACUUCUGGCUAGUUAAGCAGGUUGAUACACAGUGCCAGGUACAGUUAAGAGUAUAG